CCGAGCUCCGGGCGGCGGCGCGGCGGGAACGGGAGUUCUCCGGAGCCGGAGGCUAUGGGCCAAUGGCCCCGGCUGGAGGCCCCGAAUCCUCCCUCGGUCCGCGGUGACGAACUUCGGGGCGCCGAAGGUGAUCAUGUUCUAGAGCUUUGUGUUCCAAGAGAUUGUGGUGCCAAGUGUGAUGCUGCCUAAGUCAGAAGAGGAAAAGAUACAGAAGUUGAUGGCUUGACCACCUACUAACAGCAGCAGUGACAAGACAGAAGUGGGGCUGUGGAUGCUAACUAUGCAUAUUCUUCAGUCAGCAGCAUCAAGAGGCAGGAGCUAUGGCAGCUGAGCAAGACCACCUGAUUUCAGGGUGCUUUCCCUGGGCAUCAUCGGCAAAAACCUCACUUUCCCCACAGCGGCAACGUGACAUCUCUGCCUGUUUGACAGAGAUUGAGGGCAUGCGCCUUGAUCGACAGCCACAGCUUAACGCCUGCAGGAGGAGGGUCAGAGACCAUUUCCAUUAUAGCUGAGGAAAAUGAAAUUUCCGUUUUAUUUGGUGCCUUGUAGAGACAAUGCACUAACUCUUAGGGAGAGGAGUGAGGAAGAAUUUGAGUUGUUCAGUGGAAACUUAUGUGGUUAUGGCUACUGAGCCAACGUGAUCAGAGGGGGCAGGUGUCCCACAGAGACUUAUGACAGGCUAUACCAUGUUGCGGAAUGGGGGAGUGGGAAAUGGAGGCCAGACAUGGAUGCUGCGGUGGUCCAAUCGCAUCCGCCUUACCUGGCUCAGCUUCACACUCUUCAUCAUUCUGGUUUUCUUCCCCCUCAUUGCCCACUACUACCUCACCACCUUGGAUGAGGCAGAUGAGGCAGGCAAACGCAUCUUUGGGCCUCGAGCUGGUAAUGAGCUGUGUGAGGUGAAGCAUGUGUUAGACCUUUGCCGCAUCCGUGAGUCAGUCAGUGAAGAACUCCUGCAGCUCGAAGCCAAACGGCAGGAGCUAAACAGUGAAAUUGCCAAACUCAACCUGAAGAUCGAAGCCUGUAAAAAGAGUAUUGAGAAUGCCAAACAAGACCUACUCCAGCUCAAGAAUGUUAUCAGUCAGACUGAACAUUCCUACAAAGAGCUGAUGGCCCAAAAUCAACCCAAACUUUCCCUGCCUAUCCGACUGUUACCAGAAAAAGAUGACGUUGGCCUGCCUCCCCCUAAACUUCUCCGUAGCUGCAGGCUACACAAUUGCUUUGACUACUCUCGCUGUCCGCUCACUUCUGGCUUCCCAGUCUAUGUCUAUGACAGUGACCAGUUGGCCUUUGGCAGCUAUCUGGACCCCCUGGUCAAGCAGGCUUUUCAGGCCACAGCACGAACCAACGUCUAUGUCACAGAGAAUGCCGACAUCGCCUGCCUUUAUGUGAUUCUGGUGGGAGAAAUGCAGGAGCCAUUGAGUCUGCGGCCUACUGAGCUGGAACAACAGCUGUUCUCUCUGCCCCAUUGGCGGACAGAUGGACACAACCACCUCCUCAUCAACCUGUCAUGGAAGUCAAAUACGCAGAAUCUACUGUACAAUGUCAGCACAGGUCGAGCGAUGGUGGCUCAGUCUACCUUUUAUGCUGCUCAGUACAGACCCGGCUUUGAUAUGGUCAUAUCACCACUAGUCCAUGCCAUGUCCGAGCCUAACUUCCUGGAGAUCCCUCCACAGGUGCCAGUCAAGCGGAAGUAUCUCUUCAGCUUUCAAGGGGAGAAGAUCGAGUCACUGCGCUCCAGCCUUCAGGAGGCCCGUUCCUUUGAAGAGGAGAUGGAAGGUGACCCUCCUGCUGACUAUGAUGACCGAAUCAUUGCCACCCUGAAAGCUGUACAGGACAGCAAGCUUGAUCAGGUGCUGGCGGAGUUUACCUGUAAAAACCAGCCCAAACCCAGCCUGCCCACUGAGUGGGCGCUGUGUGGGGAGAGGGAGGACCGCCUAGAAUUACUGAAACUUUCCACCUUUGCUCUGAUUAUCACACCAGGUGAUCCUCACUUGGUGAUCUCCGCCGGAUGUGCCACAAGGCUCUUCGAGGCACUAGAAGUCGGAGCGAUCCCGGUGGUGCUGGGGGAGCAGGUACAGCUUCCCUACCAGGAUGUGCUGCGGUGGAAUGAGGCGGCCCUGGUGGUGCCCAAGCCGCGGGUCACUGAGGUUCAUUUCCUGCUGCGGAGCCUCUCAGACAGCGACCUGCUGGCCAUGAGGCGCCAAGGUCGCUUCCUCUGGGAGACCUACUUCUCCACCGCUGACAGUAUCUUCAAUACAGUUCUGGCUGUGGUUAGGACUCGCAUCCAGAUCCCAGCCGCUCCCAUCCGGGAAGAGGCAGCAGUUGAGAUUCCCCAUCGCUCAGGCAAAGCGGCAGGUACUGACCCCAACAUGGCAGAUAAUGGGGAUCUGGACCUGGGGCCAGUGGAAACAGAACCACCCUAUGCCUCUCCUAAAUACCUCCGCAACUUUACCUUGACUGCCACUGAUCUUUAUCGCAACUGGAACUCAGCCCCGGGGCCGUUCCACCUUUUCCCACACACACCUUUUGACCCUGUUCUACCUUCCGAGGCCAAAUUUCUGGGCUCUGGCACUGGAUUCAGGCCCAUUGGUGGGGGAGCAGGAGGUUCUGGCAAGGAGUUCCAGGCCGCGCUUGGAGGCAAUGUUCCCAGAGAGCAGUUCACAGUUGUGAUGUUGACUUAUGAACGAGAGGAGGUGCUCAUGAACUCCUUAGAGAGAUUGAAUGGCCUCCCUUACCUGAAUAAGGUGGUGGUUGUGUGGAACUCCCCAAAACUUCCGUCAGAGGACCUCCUGUGGCCCGACAUUGGCGUCCCUAUUAUGGUGGUCCGCACUGAGAAGAACAGCUUGAACAAUCGCUUCUUACCUUGGAAUGAAAUUGAGACUGAGGCCAUCCUGUCCAUUGAUGAUGAUGCUCACCUCCGCCACGAUGAGAUCAUGUUUGGCUUUCGGGUAUGGAGAGAAGCUCGAGAUCGUAUUGUGGGUUUCCCUGGGCGAUACCAUGCUUGGGACAUCCCUCAUCAAUCCUGGCUCUAUAACUCCAACUACUCCUGUGAGCUAUCCAUGGUGCUGACAGGUGCUGCCUUCUUUCACAAGUAUUAUGCCUACCUGUACUCCUAUGUGAUGCCUCAGGCCAUCCGGGACAUGGUGGAUGAAUACAUCAACUGUGAGGAUAUUGCCAUGAACUUCCUCGUCUCCCACAUCACCCGGAAACCCCCCAUCAAGGUGACCUCGAGAUGGACAUUCCGAUGCCCAGGGUGCCCCCAGGCAUUGUCCCAUGAUGACUCUCAUUUCCACGAGCGGCACAAGUGCAUCAACUUCUUUGUCAAGGUGUAUGGCUACAUGCCCCUGCUAUACACACAGUUCAGGGUGGACUCCGUCCUCUUCAAGACCCGCCUACCCCAUGACAAGACCAAGUGCUUCAAGUUCAUUUAGAGGCACCUUGGGGGUCAGCAAUCAGAUCGUGCGGAGUAAGGGAGAUGACACCUGUGGGCCGGAGGGUUAGGAAGCCUUGUGGACAUCCACCAGCUGGGUGGUCCAGACUGGCCAUUGCUGAGGACGGGGCCCAGCAAGAGUGGAAGGGAACAUCUACCUUCAGUCUUGAAGCCAGUCCUGCCCAGGCACAUGCAAAUUCUGGGCUGCUCUCUGCUAGAGCUUUGGUCAAGAGAUGCCAGGGUUCCACCAACAAGAUAUUCAGUAGCUUACACUAAGGACCAUGGGGACUCGGGAUAGUCACUCACUGAGUACAUUAGUCCAGGACAACUGGUUUGUGGUUUUUAUUAUAAUAAUAAUAAUGACUAUUAUUAUUAUUUAAAAAGAAAGUGUUUCAGGUUUGCCUCCCAGGGCUUUUAUAUACAUAUAUAUAUAUACACACACAUACAUAUAUAUAUAUAUAUAUAUAUAUGUACGUUUGCACACAGACAGACACACACACACACACACACAUACACACACACACAUACAUAUAUGGAUAUAUCUUUGGGGACUGAAUUUUUUGCCUGUCUCACUGCGUGAGAAAUUGCAAGCUUCAGAGACCUCUUCUUCACUUGGAUGGAGUUGGUUCCCAACCGUGCAUCCUCUCUCCCACCUCAGACAUCCUCCCUCAUUCCCUAGGGAUAUCUAUGUUGAAACAAGUUAGGGAAUGGGGUUUUCCUCAUCACUGCCCAUGCCCGGGCCCAUGCCCCCUUCCCUUUCCACUGUCUAAGCCAAGACUGAACACAGGGAGGAGCAGUAACCUGCAGCCCAGCUGAGCUGGCCCUCCCAAACAUCUUUCUCCUGCCUCAGCGUCUAGAACCUCUUAUCAUUUGACUGUUGUCCGUUGCCUUCAGAAUCACCCGCAGUCUUGCAUUUUGGGAUGAGAGAAAGGGAAAACUGAUCAUUUCAGCUGCCAGGUGCAUCUGAAGGGUUUUUUUGGAUGACUCAACUAAUCUGAGUCGGGGGCCUCCCUUCUAUACCCCGGCUGGCCGGGGUGUCCCACAGCGAGAAGUGGAGAAAUGGGACCGAUACUCUGGUGAAAUUGGUCUUCCUUUCCUGAAUGGAUUAUUGAUUAUGUGUGGCCUAUGGGCAUUUCAAUCAUUUGCAUUCUAUUAACUCUGAAGGAGACCAAACUUGGAAGGAACACUAAGAAGGAAUGGGGAGCAUUCUGGAUACAUUUGAGAUUCCAAGGGCUGCCUUAUAACUGACCUGACCUCCAUCCCUCUCUUCCUCAGGUUUUCCAAAGCAGUGAUGUAGACCCACAUUACUACCACCAGCCCUCAAGUCCAGACCUGGGCCAAGCCUGAAAUAAACCAGUCUGAGGGGGUUGGGAGCUGGGCACAAUUUCUUAGGGACUCAACUUAUGAUAUCUAACAUUUAUCCAGACCUAGGCCACGUGGCCCAAGGCAGCUGAACAGGAAGCUUGAAUCUGGCUCAGCGCUCCAGUCAUGUACAUGCCUUAAACUAGUUCCCCAGCACUGUCCCUUGUUUCCACUGAGCACCUUCACCUCUGUCCACCUGCACUUCCUGUAACCUCCUGAAGGGUCUUCCUGAAACUGGGACACCCUCCCUCCCCCCCCCACCCCAUCUGCAGCCUGCCCCACAUAGGCUUGAGCUGCCUUUCUUUCAGGCAGCUCCUUUCAGAGGCAGCUGGGGACCAGUGCCUUUGUGUGCCUGUCACCCCAGCAGGGAUGCUCCUGGGAUUUCAGUGCUUCCCUCCAAAGGCUCACCCCAGCACCUCUUGUCCCAGCAGCCCAGCCAGGAGUGAGGUCAGCUGCAUUCUCCUCCUGUUCCAGACUCCCUGGUUCCUCUCCCCCUAGUUUCUUACUUUACUUCAUGCAGCUACAGCCUUCCUGCCUCGGGAAAGCUGGAGAGUGUGGCAUUUUGAGUUGUGUGAUACGUGGCUGCUGCUGCUUUCUUUUACAUGUGAGGGGCUCAUGCAUUGGUUGAUAACAGGAAGGAAUCACCCAGUCCAUUAGGUUUACCUUUAAGAAGGGCAUCCAUUUUGACAGGUCACAAACUACCAUACCCAGAAUCCAGGGGCAGCCCCAACAGGCUGAGGGCAUAAUGGCUGCCAUGAGAAUUUUUGUUGUUGCCCAUUUUGGAAGGGAGAGGGGAGGAUGGGGCAGAGUGGGUAAGACAAGUCAGAGGGAAGCCAAGGACAGACAUCCAGAUCUACAAGGGUUGACUGAACCUCAAAGGCUCUAUUAACAUGGCCCCAUGUGCUGAGAGGAGAGACCCACUGCCUGAACUGACAGAGAGGUCAACACUGGCAUCUUGGAUUGUUUCAGACCCCAAAGAGCAAUGUAUCCUUUUGGAAAGGGUCAGGGAUUGAAGAAGUGUUUAGUAGGAUUAGAAACUCAGUAGCCCGGGUUCCACUUCCUCCUGUGGGGAUAUCCUAACGUCAUUUGCAUCUUCUCAUGUAUCUAUCUUGUCUGAACAAAAGAAGAAUUUGGAUCUCUCGAGGUAUGAAUGUCCUUGACUCUACUAUUUAAGAAAGGGCACAGCUUUGUCUUGACCCCUAACCUGUGCCACAGGGACCUAGAAACACCCUCAGUAUUUCACUGGCAAGUUUGCUUCUCAGCCCAUGUGAGUAGCCCACCCUGGGCUGUGGUCGUCCUUCCUCUGCCCCCCCCCCAGGGGGCCAUUCUGUGCUUCUCCAUCCUGUGUGACCAGGACUUCAUCCCACAGCCUGAUCACCGUGCCUCACACUGAGGUCCACUAAGGAGGGUGGUAUGGUCCCUUUUCUGGUCUGAUUCCCCAUGACCAUGGUACCACUGCUCAAGGAGCUGCUCCUGGUCUGCAAUGACUGUCUUUUAAAGGGAGAGGGGAGACCCCCCCUUUCCACACAUGCCCCUCCACAAUCAUGAGCACAAUGAUCCCGUGUUGGAUUUUGUAAAAGGACAAAAUAAAUGGAGAAUUUAAUUCAA